GUGAUUGUCUGCGUCGGCGAGACGGGCUCGGGGAAGACCACGCAGCUCACGCAGUACCUCUACGAGGCCGGCUACAGCGCCAACGGCCAGAUCGGCUGCACGCAGCCGCGGCGCGUGGCCGCCGUGUCGGUGGCGAAGCGCGUGUCGGAGGAGUUCGGGUGCGAGCUGGGCAAGGAGGUGGGCUACUCCAUCCGCUUCGAGGACGUCUCCUGCGACCAGACGAUCAUCAAGUACAUGACCGACGGCGUGCUGCUGCGCGAGGUGCUGUUCGAGCCGGACUUGGACCGGUACUGCGCCGUCAUCAUGGACGAGGCCCACGAGCGCUCCCUCAACACGGACGUGCUCUUCGGCAUCCUCCGCCAGGUGGUGGCGCGCCGCAACGACUUCCGGCUCAUCAUCACGUCGGCCACGAUGGAUUCCGACAAGUUUGCGGCCUUCUUCGGCAACGUGCCCGUAUUCACGAUACCCGGGCGCACGUUCCCCGUGGACACGCUCUUCGCCCGGACGACCGCCCAGGACUACGUGGACGCCGCGGUGCAGCAGGCGCUGGCCAUCCACGUCGGGCAGGACGCGGGCGACAUACUGAUCUUCAUGACCGGGCAGGAGGACAUCGAGGCCACGUGCGUGCUCUUGGCCGAUCGGGUGUCCCAAGUGGGCGAGGACGUGCCUGGACUCACAAUCCUGCCGAUCUACUCGCAGCUGCCGUCCGACAUGCAGGCAAAGAUCUUCGAGAGCAGCGACAAGAGGAAGAUCAUCGUGGCCACCAACAUCGCCGAGACCUCCCUGACGGUCGACGGCAUCAAGUACGUCAUCGACUCGGGCUACUGUAAGCUGAAGGUCUACAACCCCAAGAGGGGAGGGGGAUGGGCAUGGACAGCCUGCAGAUCACGCCGAUCUCGCAGGCGAACGCCAACCAGCGACGGGGCCGCGCUGGCCGUACAGGCUGUACACCGAGGGCGCGUACUUCUCCGAGCUCCUGCCCAUGACCAUCCCCGAGAUCCAGAGGAGACGAACCUGUCCAACGUGGUAUUGCUCCUGAAAUCCAUGGGGGUGAAGAACUUGCUCGAGUUUGGCUUCAUGGAUCCACCGCCUCAGGAGACCAUCCUCACUUCCAUGUUCCAGCUGUGGAUGUUGGGCGCCCUGGACAACUUGGGGGACAUCACGGCCCUCGGGAACAAGAUGGCCCAGUUCCCACUAGAUCCAGCUCUGUCCAAGAUGCUCAUCACGGCCAACGAGCUCGGUUGCUCAGCAGAGAUCAUGACGAUCGUCUCCAUGCUCUCCGUGCCGUCGAUCUUCUUCCGUCCGAAGGACCGACUCCUCGGAGACUUGGUUGGGAUGCGCGCCAGGUUCUUCACACCCGAGAGCGACCAUCUCACGAUGCUGAACGUGUAUCAGCAGGACUGGUGGACCACCAACGGCUUUAGCGCCAAGUGGUGCACCGACCAUUUCGUCCACCAGAAGUCCCUGAAGAAGGUUCGUGAGGUGCGGGGUCAGCUGGAGGACAUCCUGCAGCAGCAGAAGAUCACGCCCAGCUCCUGCGGCACCGACUGGGACCGCCACCGCCGCGAUCUGCGCGGGCUACUUCCACAACGCGGGGAAGCUCCGCGGCAUCGGCGAGUACGUCAACCUGCGGACGCGCAUCCCGGCCCAGCUGCACCCGACGAGCGCGCUGUACGGCCUGGGGUACACCCCGGACUACGUCGUCUACCACGAGGUAAUGUACACCACAAAGGAGUACAUGAACACGGUGACGGCGGUGGAGCCCUACUGGCUGGCGGAGCUGGGGCCGAUGUUCUUCUCCGUGAAGGACUCGAGUCGGGCAGCGAUGCGCACACCAAGCUGCGACAGGAGGCGGAGAUGAAGAGGCAGAUGGAGUACCAGCAGAAGAUGCGCGACGACCUGGACCGGCAGCUCCGCCAG